CAGCAAGAAGCCACUGCUUUCCAGAUUUCCUCACAGAGCCCUGCUAAUUCCAUGCCAAAACUAGCAGUGGAUUUCUUCCUUCUAAUCUCUCCUAAUGCCUUAUUCGAUUAUUGUCACUGCUCUCUGACCAUGCACUGUCCCUUCAGACUCUCAUUUUCCAACUGAGUCAGUCAGAGGAGACUGAGUGUCCAUCAGGACAUAGUCUAAGACCACAAACCACCUUGGUCCACGUGAAAAGGCGGAAAAGAAAACGAAGAGAGCAAGGAGAGCCCUCAAAGUUUUACUGGAAACCUUCUCAUCUGCUGGAUUACUGGCUGGACACAAACAAGGGAAAGGGAAAUGAGGGGUCUGGAAGGUUGUUCUAGUUGAUUGGUAAAGGGGAGCUGGUUGGGGGGAGGAGGAACCAAAAGAAGGGUGAACUGGGCAUUUCAGUCCACUGCAGGAUGGCGUCGCCUCUGCCCUGGCUGUACAUUAUUCUAUGGGUAGAAAAUGCCCUAGGGAAACUUGAAGAUGAAGGAAACUUCUACUCCGAAAACAUCAGUCGGAUCCUGGACAACUUGCUUGAAGGCUAUGACAAUCGGCUGCGUCCAGGAUUUGGAAAUGCUGUCACUGAAGUCAAAACAGACAUUUAUGUGACCAGUUUUGGGCCGGUGUCAGAUGUGGAGAUGGAGUAUACAAUGGAUGUUUUCUUCCGCCAGACUUGGACUGACGAGAGGUUGAAGUUUGGGGGACCAACUGAGAUUCUGAGUUUGAAUAACUUGAUGGUCAGUAAAAUCUGGACACCUGACACUUUUUUUAGGAAUGGCAAAAAAUCAAUUGCUCACAAUAUGACAACUCCUAAUAAACUCUUCAGAAUAAUGCAGAAUGGAACCAUUCUAUACACCAUGAGGCUUACUAUCAAUGCUGACUGUCCUAUGAGACUGGUGAACUUUCCUAUGGAUGGACACGCUUGUCCACUCAAGUUUGGGAGUUAUGCUUACCCCAAAAGUGAAAUCAUUUAUACAUGGAAAAAAGGACCACUUUACUCAGUUGAAGUCCCAGAAGAAUCUUCAAGCCUCCUCCAGUAUGAUCUGAUUGGACAAACAGUAUCUAGUGAGACAAUUAAAUCUAACACAGGUGAAUACGUAAUAAUGACAGUUUAUUUCCACUUGCAAAGGAAGAUGGGCUACUUCAUGAUACAAAUAUAUACUCCUUGCAUUAUGACGGUCAUUCUUUCCCAGGUGUCUUUCUGGAUUAAUAAGGAGUCUGUCCCAGCCAGGACUGUCUUUGGGAUCACCACUGUUUUAACCAUGACCACUUUAAGCAUCAGUGCCCGGCACUCGUUGCCAAAAGUGUCGUAUGCGACUGCCAUGGAUUGGUUCAUAGCUGUUUGCUUUGCUUUUGUCUUCUCUGCUCUUAUUGAGUUUGCAGCUGUCAACUACUUUACGAAUCUUCAGACACAGAAGGCCAAAAGGAAGGCACAGAUUGCAGCUUCACCCCCAGUGACAAUCUCAAAAGUGACUGAACCCUUGGAAGCUGAGAUUGUCUUGCAUCCUGAUUCCAGGUAUCAUCUGAAGAAAAGAAUCUCCUCUCUGAGUUUGCCAAUAGUUCCACCCCCUGAGACUAACAAAGUCCUCACUAGAGCUCCCAUCUUACAAUCCACACCUGUCACACCCCCACCACUUUCUCCAGCCUUCGGAGGCACCAGUAAAAUAGACCAGUAUUCUCGGAUUCUCUUCCCGGUUGCAUUUGCAGGAUUCAACCUUGUGUACUGGGUAGUGUAUCUUUCCAAAGACACGAUGGAAGUGAGCAGCAGUGUGGAAUAGACUGCAUCCAGGACAACCUGUAUUCUAAAGUUCCAGUUUUCUCAAUUUUUUUUAAAUAGCAUUGAGACUUGUGUAGAUGCUUUUCUGAACAGGAAAUCAAAAUUGAAAAUCUCU